AUUUGGAAUUGCACAUUUUCUGUGGAGUGAAUUAAAGAGAUGAGACGAGUUUCGUUUGGAAUAAUGGGAACAGGGCGUAUAGCUCAUGAUUUUUCACUUGCUUUUCAAUCCAUGCAUAAAUUUCAUCAUGAAAAUAAGUCAACAAAAUACGAAACCAUUCGGGAGUGUAGAAUUUAUGGAGUAGCAUCGAGAAAUUCAUCAAAAUCUGAUCAAUUUGCAAAGGAACACGAUAUUGGAAAGAGUUUCGAUUCGUAUGAAAAAAUGUUGCAAGAUUCGAAUAUUGACAUUGUCUAUGUUGCAACACCAAAUUCCGAACAUUAUUCAAAUGUUAAAUUGUGUUUGGAAAGUGGAAAGUCAGUUCUAUGCGAAAAGACUUUUACCUUGAAUGAAAAACAAGCUAGUGAAUUAUUCGAAAUGGCAAGAGAAAGAAAAUUAUUCUUGAUGGAAGCUAAUUGGAUGCCAUUCUUUCCACUUUUCAAGAAGGCUAAACAAUUGAUCGAAAGUGGAGAGAUUGGACAGGUUCAUUUGAUUCAUGCUCAAUUGGGUUUUAAGAAUAAUCAUGUUUCGAAUAGUGGAUUAAUUGAAAAUUCAUUGGGAGGAGGUGCAUUGUUGGCUUGUGGAAUUUAUCCUAUUUCUUUCGUUUGUAUGGUGAUGAAUGAUUUCUCACCAGAAACUAUUCAAUCGAUUGGAACAUUUGUUAAUAAUGUGGACGAAAGUGUGGAAUGUCAAUUUAAAUUUUCUGGAAAUAGAAUUGGAAAGGUUUCGACAAGUAUUAAUGCAUUCUUGGAUAGUAGUGCAACUAUUCAUGGAAGUUUAGGUAAAAUUCAUUUAGGUGGUAUGCAUUGUUGUCCUACCAAGUUGACUUGGACAAAUUAUUCGAAAGGUCACGAAACUAUUGAAUUAGAAGAGCCACUUUAUGGAAAAACUGAAUUUUCACAAUUUAAUUUCCCUAAUUCUGAAGGACUUGCAUACGAAAUUGAACAUGUCAUUGAUUGUUUAUUAGAAAGUAAACUCGAGAGUGAAAUAGUUUCGUCUAAUGUAACAAUUAACACAUUGAAAAUUAUGGAUAAGAUUAGAUCUGAUAUUGGUCUUAAAUUUAUUGGAGAAUGAUAUUUUUUGAAAUAUAUCAUUUGAACAUAUACAUUAAACACACAUUUUUGGAAACU